UCGCAGAAAUCGAAAAAUUUUUGAAACGAGCGGUUGGUGCGCGCUGCUCCGUUAAAAUCAAAGAAAAAAAAUCUGAAAUUUACGUCGCUUCGGAAAAACAGCCGGCAAAGAUAUUAUGAGUUAAUAUUUGUUUUUCUUCCAUCCGCCGUGUUUCGCGGAUAAAAAAUCGAAGAUCUCGGCAUGAGGAUUGGGGAAAUAAUUAAGUGUGGUGUACUUAUGCAGCGAAUUCUUAGCGCGCAAAGCGUUUUGAAAAAGUAAACAAAUAAAAUGCAUGUUUCAAUGGAAAUCUGAGUAAAAAAGUUACCUGUUUUGUGAUUUCUUUGCCACCCCCGUUUGGUGUGUGCGUGUGUGCGAGCGCGUCUGUGUGAGUGUUGUGUUUUUGUGUAAAAGGAAAACAAAACGGAAGGCUGAAACAACAGCAGCAGCAGCAACAACAAAAACAAAGAGAGCAGUGUGUGCGAGGAGUGCGGCCAGCGGCAAAAUGCCGGCGACAGCGAAUUCGUGGGUGUUGUUGCUGUUGUUGUUGGUCGCGGUGGAAAGAUGCAGCAGCAGCAACAGCAGCGGGCGCAUCAAUAGUCGCAGCAGCAGCAGCGGCUAUCGGAAAAUGCAGUGGCAGGAGCAACAGGAGUCCCCCACCUUGCGCCCCCUGCCCGAAAAAGGUCCCUGCCCAGCCUCGUACUUCACAUGCAACGAUGGAUUCUGCAUACCGAUGCGAUGGAAAUGCGACUCCAAGGCCGACUGUCCGGACAUGUCCGAUGAGGGCAGCGAGUGCGCCGGGGCGCCCAAGUGCAACGAGGGACAGUUUCGGUGCGGGGUUACCCGCCACUGCAUCCCGAACAAUUGGCUCUGCGACGGGGAGUUCGACUGCGGCAAGGGCGACACAUCCGACGAACUGAACUGCCCGAAUGGCGCUACGCCCAAGUGCCGCGCCUUCGAGGCCCAGUGCCGCAACGGCGACUGCCUGGAGUUGUCCCGCUUCUGCGACGGCCGCUGGGACUGUGAUAACGAUGAGCUGCAAUGUGAUAAACAGAACGCUGCCUGCGCCGCGCUGAACUGCAGCUAUAACUGCAAGCUGACCCCGCAGGGGGCACGCUGCUACUGCCCCAAGAACCAGGUGCCCGAGUCGUCGAACUCCACCCGCUGCGUGGACUACGACGAGUGCUCCGAGCCGGGCACCUGCGACCAGGUGUGCCGCAACACGCCGGGCUCCUACGAGUGCUCCUGCGUCUCCGGCUAUGCGAAGACCAAGGGAAGUCGGUGCCGGGCCAUCAAUGUGCCGCCAACGGAGCCGGCCACGCUGACUUUUCUUUCGCAGGACGGCAUACGGCGCAUCGGAACCAGUGGCGAAGUCAUCGCUCCCACGGGUGCAAAGGAUAAUGAUAAAGUUACGGAUAAGGAUGGGGAUAAGGAUGGCGAGGGCAAUGAGGAACAGCUGCUGCUCACGCAACCCGUUCGCUUCGUCCACGCCUUCGACGUGUGGCAUCGGAAUCGCACCCUCUGCGCCCUGCACUUCAGCUGGUACGAACUGCAGAUGCGGUGCCAGCGCAUCGAUGACGUCCGGGUCAACUGGACACUGCCCUUCUCCUCCUUCGUCUCCCCGCAGCAAUUCUUCACAGAACUUCGAUUGGACUGGCUGUCGGGUAAUUGGUAUUUGGUGAGCGAGGACGAUGGCCUGGUCUAUCUGUGCACGAACGCAAUGGCUUUCUGUCGCGUGAUAUUGCAGCAGGUGGAUCCGCUGUCAUCUCUGGCGCUGGACCCCACAAAGGGCUAUAUGUUUUACACGGACUGGACGCCCAGUUUGUCGCGUUCGCUGCUCGACGGCAGCAAUCGCACUGUUUUGGUCACCGACCAAGUUUACCACCCGAGCAGCGUCACUCUGGACCUGGCCAAUGAGUUGGUGUACUGGAUUGAUAUCUAUAAGGACGAGGUAGAACGUGUGAACUACGAGGGACAGGACCGUUGGACCCUCAAAAGGGCACCAGAUUCCCCUGUGCCAUUGAAAACCAUCCAUGCCGUAGAGGUCUUUGAGAACUCAAUUUAUUUGGCAGCCUGGAUGGACAAGGCCAUCGUUAGCAUCGAUAAAUUCACGCUCAAGGCCCGCGUCCUCCACGCGAAUGUGAGCCGUGGUGCCAAUUUAAGGAUUUUCCACCGCCAAAAGCAGCCCGAGGUGGCUCAUCCAUGCCGCGAUAACAACGCCGGCUGCAAUCAGAUCUGUGUGCCCCAGUGGACGAAAGGAUUCGCCAGCGCCAAAUGCCUGUGCACCGCCGGGUAUAAGUUGCACAAUCAGACGACCUGCCUGCUCUCCGCCCUCGACAAGUUUCUGGUCUACAGUGAUAAGCACCUGGCUAGGAUCAGCGGAGUACCGCUGGACACCGAACAAGUGCAGCAGCUGGAGCAAAUUGGUGAGCAACCAGAUGUCAUGGUACCUGUGUACAAUGUCUCCAAAACCCUGGCCAUCGAUGUGAACGUGCGCGGCAAGGCGGUGUUCUAUGUGGUCGCGGACUCGGAUGCGAGUCUCGCCGGAAAAGAGGAACCCUUGUGCAGCAUCCGGAGUCAGUCGCUUAAUGGCAGUGUCUCCCGACUGCUGACCCACGGUCUGAAGAAGGUCCACGCCCUGGCCUUUGAUUGGAUCAACGAUCACCUGUACUGGUCCAGCCACCGGAGCCUGCAGGUGGCUCCGUUAAAAAACCUGACCAAGGUGCUUACCUUCAGCACCGACUGCGAUGCCAUGUCCCUGGAACUCGACCCCACGACCGGGCUGCUCUACUGGACGCAGUGGGAGUCGCAAUCCUGCGAGGCCGGCAUCUACAGCGCCUGGAUGGAUGGCACUCACAAGGAGCUGCUGGCCAAGGGCACCGGUGCGAUGCCCAUGAAAUGGCCCCGCAGCCUGGAUGUCGAUCGUCGCACCAAGGAGCUGUACUGGUGCGAUAUCCGGCUGGGCACCAUUGAAGUCAUGAAGCUGGAUGGCACAGGGCGGGAAGUGCUCUUCAAGUCGGACCAGUUCCAUCCCUACUCGAUGGUGCAGUACAAUGGACUGAUUUACUGGGCUGACAACAGGAACUCCACCAUUUGGCGUUUCCACGCGCACCAGGCCAACCUAUCCAGCACAUUUAGCUCAACGGUGCAUUUACAGAGAACCGGAAGAGCUGCAGAUCUGCGGAUCUUCGAUGUGGCCACUCAACCAAUGCCCCAAACACCCAGUGCCUGUGCGCAGUCCAAGUGUCCGGGAAUGUGUUUGAACACGCCUAAAGGCGCCAUAUGUCGCUGUCCCGAUGGGUUCACGCUCAACGGCACUGGAAGCCACUGCAUCCCCCAGCUGGCUCCGUCUCCCAUUCGCCCUAAUUGCACCUCGGGAUUCAUAUGCCGCAGCACGCGACAAUGCCUCGAUAGCAAGGACAUGUGCGACGGCUUCGACGACUGUGAAGAUGGCAUCGACGAGAGCUCCGAUCCGAAGGGGCCUUGCAACGCCAAUACCUGCGACAAAACCCUCAACUUUGUGUGCAAUGGUCGCUGCUAUCAGAGAUCGCUGCUCUGCAGCUCCAUUCCCUACUGCUCGGACGGAACGGAUCAGGCGAACUGCCAACAAAACACCUGCAACAGCAACGAGUUCACCUGCCACAAAAGCGGUCGCUGCAUCCAGUUGACGUGGGUUAAUGACGGAGUGGUUGAUUGUGGACCGGAUGAUGACUCCGAUGAGACGUCGGAGACAAUCUUCGGCAGCAAAUGCCCGGAAUUUGACUGCAACAAUGGGCGGUGUCGUCAGUUUGCCGACAUCUGCGACGGCAUCGAUAACUGCGGAAACAAUGCUGAUGAAAUAGAAUGUGAGCUAGAGUGCGGACACGGGGAGAAGUACUGCCGACCCAUUGGGUGCUACGGAGAGAUGCACAUGUGCGAUGGGAUCCACGACUGUGAGGACUUCAGCGACGAGGCCAACUGCAACCAGACAAAGAGCGACAAUCAUCCGGUGACUGGAUGGAAGGAUCUAAGCGAAUGUGCUCCGCAUGAGUUCGCCUGCCUGGAUCCGUUCGAGUGCAUCCCGGACUUUCUGCGCUGCGAUGGCAUUCCGCACUGUUUCGACAAGACUGAUGAGCUUAACUGCACCCAUAUCAAUGCUAGUCGAUUUGACAUGAACGAGACGGUGAUCUGUGAGCAUCCGGAUCGGCUGUGUGGCUUCUCCAAGCAGUGUGUGACGGUGAACCAGCUGUGCGACGGAAAGAACGAUUGCGAGGACACAACGGACGAGGGCUUCCUGUGCGCGGAUAAGCUGUGCGACCGCGGACAUGAGUGCUCUCAUCGUUGCCACAACACGCCGGAGGGGUAUAUUUGCUCCUGUCCCGACCACCUGUACCUGCAACCGAACGGAAAGCGCUGCAGUAUGCAGCACGCCUGCGAUCACUGGGACACUUGUUCGCAGGUGUGCGAGAACAGCGGCAAGGGCUACGACUGCCGUUGCUUGGAUGGAUUCGACCUGGGCUACGAUCGGUUCUCCUGCAAAAGCACCGCUCCGGAUGAGCCUUACGUCAUCUUUACGAACAGGCAGGAUAUCAAAGGUGUCAACCUGAAGACCAUGAACGUGGCCAACUUCUACACCUCCUUGAGGAAUAUUAUCGCAUUGGAUUUCCUGUACAACAACGAAUCCAAUGUGGAGAUAUUCUGGACGGAUGUGAUCGACGACAAGAUUUAUAGGGGUCAGCUGGUCGGCGAGAGUCUACGAAAUGUAGUGGCUGUCAUCCACUCUGGACUCUCCACCACCGAGGGAUUGGCCGUGGAUUGGGUGGGAAAAAACCUAUACUGGAUCGACUCGAACCUGGACCAGAUCGAGGUGGCAAAAUUGAAUGGCAGCUUUCGGCGUACACUGAUUGCCGGCAACAUGGAGAGCCCAAGAGCUAUAGCCUUGGAUCCCAGGGAAGGUCUUCUUUUUUGGACCGAUUGGGAUGAUAACUCGCCAAGAAUUGAGCGGGCCAGCAUGUCGGGCGAUGGCAGACGCAUGAUCUCCACCAGCUGGCAAUUGAACGCCGGAUGGCCCAAUGGCUUGACUCUAGACUACACUCAAAGAAGGGUGUAUUGGGUGGAUGCCAAGUCGGAUUCAAUCAGUAGCACCAUGUACGACGGAUCUGAGCAUCACGUGGUACUCCGCAACAAGGACAUACUCUCCCAUCCGUUUGCCAUCUCUGUGUUUGAGAACUAUGUGUACUGGACGGAUUGGCGAACCACAUCAGUAAUACGUGCCAACAAGUGGAAUGGAAGCGACGUUCAGGUGCUGCAACGCACCCAGUCCCAGCCUUUUGGCAUCCAGGUGAUGCACUCCAGUCGCCAGCCCUGGGAUCGGAAUCCCUGCGGCGAGAACAACGGAGGCUGCUCUCAUCUUUGUCUCCUUAGUGGUAAGGGAACCUUCAAGUGCGAAUGUCCCCAUGUGAUGCGCCUGGAUCCCAGCAAUGAAAGGAAUUGUGUGCCUAAUGAGCAGGUGCUGCUGUUCGUCAUGGUGGACGAGAUUCGGGGUAUUGAUCUCCAUCAGCCCAGUCACCUCACCAUACCAACUAUUCGGCAGUCUCCAAGGUUGGUGGCUCCACAACGCAUCGAUUUCCUGGUGGAUGAAAGUCGCAUUUUCUGGUCGGACAUUCAGCAGAAUGAGAUCUCAAGUGCCGGAAUUUCGAACGGCCUGAUUGAGCCCAUAAUCAACACCAACAUUGAGAAACCCUAUGGCUUUGCCCUCGACUGGAUUGGCCGAAACUUGUACUUCUCUUCGGGUCAGAUCAAGUGUAAUAUUCUGGCGAGUAACCUAAAGGGUGAAUAUGUGACCACCAUCCACGAGGAUCUGAAUAUGGUGGACAGCAUUGUCUUGGAUCCCGCUAAUGGAAAGAUGUAUUGGAUUCACUCUGCCUCCGACGGAAGCCUGUCCCAGUUGGAGCAAUCCAAUCUCGACGGUUCGGGCCGCUUGUUGAUCUAUGAGUACGAGAACAAUCUCCAGAGUCUGACAAUGGACUUCGACUCACAGCGACUGUACUAUGCUUACGAGAGCUCGGGAAUCGCCUACUACGACAUUCCAAGGAACGAAACGCAUAAGGUACUGGUGGCCAGUGCAAUCACCUCAAUCAGUUCGCUGACUGUCUACAAUGGAACGCUAUAUUUUCCGGAAAACAUUCAGAGUGUGAUUAUGCAAUGUGAGAAGGAAGCGUGCUCCAACAUGUCCUUUCUCAGGGUUAAUACGAAGAGCAUUCAGAGCAUGAAGAUGUUCUAUGCGGAUGCGCAGACAGGCUCAAAUACCUGUGCUCAUUGGGCCUUGGGCGGUGGGUGUCAGCACCUUUGCCUGGCCACCUCGUCCACGGAGCACGUCUGCCGUUGCGCCCUCGGCUAUGAUGUGGAGCCAAACAAUCCAAUCGGUUGUGUUCCGCGGGCGGAAUUUAUUUUCUACUCCAUCGAUGUGUUGCAGGGCGUGGAAAUGAUUGAUCCAUCGGAGCAGUUUGACACGCCUUCUCCGGCUUUGGUGCCCAUUUCCCGGGUAAGUUCGGCCAGCUUCAUCGAUUAUCUGGCGGCAACAGAUACUCUUUACUGGGGCGACACCGAGCUGGGCAGUAUAUCCCGCGUGAAACGCGAUGGAACCCAAAGGGAAACCAUUUUGGAGGCCCUCAACCUUGUGGGAUACAAGCAGCAGGACUGGCUGGGUGGUAUUGCCAUCGACUGGGUGGCUGGAAACAUUUACUGGAGUGACACGAAGCGAAAUAUCAUCGAGGUUGCUCGUCUCGAUGGAAGCCAUCGAUACGUGGUGGUCUCCAACUUGGACAAACCCACGGCUCUAGCGGUGGACCCGUUGCAAGGAAUGCUUUUUUAUGUAACCCAACAACACAUUGGCCGCGUUGGCCUGGAUGGCAGUCAACCCUUCGUCUUGGUUAAUCAAACGAGAGCCAACUGGGCGGUUGGGAGUCUGGUCCUGGACAUAGAAGCCACCAAGGUGUACUGGUGUGAGCGAUACCCGGAUGCCCUGAUGAAGGUUGAUUACGAUGGAAAUCUUAGGCAGCAACUGCUGAAUGAAAGCCUCAACAAUCCCGUGGCUCUUUCCAAGAUGGGAGAGUAUUUGUAUUGGGCGGAAAACAAGUACAACGAGGGAAUCAUCCGAGUGGCCCCCUUGGCCAACCUCAGUCAGUCGAAGGUGGUCCUCCAAACGGAACAGGAUGCCAUUAGGGAUCUUAAAAUCUACUCCAAGCACCUUCAAAAGGGAAGCAAUCCCUGCGCCCACGGCAACGGAGGUUGCGAACAGCUCUGCCUGUUCAAUGGAACCAGCGCCAUCUGCGCCUGUGCCCACAGUCAUCUGUCCUCGGAUGGCUACAGCUGUGAGCCCUACGAAAACUUCCUGCUGUUCAGCUAUCGGAGCAACAUUGAGAGCAUCCACAUGACUGAUCAUGCUGAUAAAAACUGGCCUGUUCAAAUGAUUUCCAAUUCCAGUUUGAUGAGGAACGUGAUCGCCAUCAGCUAUAACUAUGAGGAGCAGUUGGUGUACUACUCGGAUGUCCAGCUGAGCACCAUCAACCAGGUGUACUUUAAUGGCACGGGCCAGCGCGUCCUGAUAGGCCAGCAGGAGCGGGUGGAGGGUCUGGCGUACGACAUCGUCAACGAGCAGCUCUUCUGGACCUCGAACAACAAUGCUGCCAUCCGGAGCGUGGAGCUGCGACAUCUUUCUGAGCACGCGGACCAGAACCUAAACCACGUGAAGAACGUACUCAGUCUUCGGGAAAAGGACAAGCCGCGUGGCAUCGCCGUGGAGCCGUGUCUGGGCAUGAUCUACUGGACCAACUGGAACGAGGAGUCGCCCUGCAUUCAGCGAUCGUACCUCACCGGAUACGGAACGGAGGUUAUCAUAAAAACCGAUAUCAAAAUGCCCAAUGCCCUGACUCUGGACUUGGAUCAGCAGAAGCUGUACUGGGCGGAUGCCCGGCUAGACAAGAUCGAGCGGACCAAUUACGAUGGCACCAAUCGAGUGGUGUUGGCCCACUCCACGCCCAAGCACGCCUUCGCCAUGGCUGUGUACGGGGACCUGCUCUUCUGGACAGACUGGGUGCUCCAUGCCGUUGUUAGAGCUAACAAAUAUACAGGCACGGAUGUGCUCUUCCUGCGGGAGCAUGUGACCCGGCCUAUGGGCAUUGUGGCGGUUCAGAACAGCAGCAUCAACUGCGAUGCUAAUCAGUGCAAGAUCCUGAAUGGUCAAUGCGAGGAUGUGUGCAUCCUGAACAAGAGCGGCCAAGCUACCUGUCAUUGCACCCGGGGCAUCCUGGCACCCGACGGUCGACGCUGCAUUGCUCCCGUGAAUACGAGCUGCGGCGCCCUGCAGUACAAUUGCCACUCUGGAGAAUGCAUACCCAUGGAGCUCACCUGCGACAACGUGACGCACUGCGCGGACGGAUCGGACGAGUGGCGCAGCUACUGCAUCUUCCGCCAGUGCCCGGAGACGCACUUUAUGUGCCAGAACCACCGAUGCAUUCCCAAGGAGCAGAAGUGCGACGGAGAGCAGCAGUGCGGCGAUGGCAGCGAUGAGACCGCCCUGCUCUGCAAGUGCCAACCGGAUCAGUUCCGCUGCGGAAGCGGCGAGUGCAUUCCGCGCAAGUUCCUCUGCGACAACAUGAAGGACUGUCGCGACUUCAGCGACGAAAAGACGUGUGCUCCCACUCCCUGUGAGGUGGGCGAUGUGACCUUCGUACAUUGCGGCAACAGCACGAUGUGCAUCAUGCCCAGCUGGCGCUGUGACGGAGAUCCCGACUGUCCAGAUGGCACGGAUGAGUUGGACUGCGCCAACCGCACCAAUGUAAGCUGUGAUCCCGGUCAGUUCCGCUGUGCCGCCGGGAAUUGUAUUGCCGGAUCCUGGCACUGCGAUGGCGAAAAGGAUUGUCCAGACGGAAGCGACGAGAUUAACUGCCGCACCGAGUGCCGGGGCAAUCAGUUUGCCUGCGACAGAAUCUGCAUCCCGGCUAGUUGGCAAUGUGACGGGAAGAGCGACUGCGAGGAUGGCACGGACGAGGGCCCGCAGUGUCCGAGUCGGCCAUGCAGACCGCACUUGUUCCAGUGCAAGAGCUCCGGACGCUGCAUUCCCCAGAAGUGGGUGUGCGACGGUGAAAAGGACUGUCCCAGCGGCCUAGGCGAUGAGGGCAGCGAGGACGAGGGUCCCCAAUGCGGAGGCGUCACUCACAUCCCAGACUGUCCUCCACCUGCUCACCUCUGUACCAGUGGCCUCUGCAUCGACUCUCAUUAUGUGUGCGAUGGGGAUGAGGAUUGUCCUGGAGGUGAUGAUGAGUACGAAGGCUGUGUGCCAGCCUUUCUCCCGCACUCCUGCCCUGGCGGAUCGCUGAUGCACCAGUGUCAGGAUGGCCUAUGCAUAUUAAAGAACCUAACGUGCGAUGGAAAACCGGACUGCGGCGAUGGAUCUGACGAGACGAGCAGUCUGUGUGCCCACACACGGGGAUGCAAUGGCACCGACGACUUCCGCUGCAAAAAUGGAGCCUGCGUUCACGCUGAUUUGUUGUGCGAUCGGAGGAAUGAUUGCGGCGACUUCUCGGACGAAGAGAUGUGCAAUGUGAACGAGUGCCUGAUUCCGGAUAUCUGUGAGCACGAGUGCGAGGACAAGGUGGUGGGUUACCAGUGUCAUUGCCGGCCGGGGUACAAGGUCCUGCCCAAGAGUCCGCACCUCUGCACGGACAUCGACGAGUGCGAUGAGCAGCAGCCGUGCUCCCAGACCUGUGUCAACACAUACGGAUCAUACAAGUGUUUGUGCGCAAAGGGUUACGCCCUGGUGGAUCACCACACCUGCAAGGCCACCAGCAACGUGUCCAUGGAGCUGAUCUUCUCGAAUCGCUACUAUAUCCGACAGGUGGACAUGGCGGGCAACGGUAGCAUACUGAUCAACGAGCUUUCCAAUGCGGUGGCCCUGGACUACGACUGGGAUAGCCAGUGCCUGUACUGGUCUGAUGUCACCAGCACCGUGGGUACAAUCAAGAGGCACUGCCCCAAGGAAAACAAAACGCAGACCCUGCACCAAGCCAUGCUGAAGAACCCCGAUGGUCUAGCCGUAGACUGGGUAGCGAAGAAUCUGUACUGGUGCGACAAGGGAUUGGAUACGAUAGAAGUAUCACAGCUCGAUGGAAAGUACAGGAAGGUCUUAAUCAACGAGUAUUUGCGGGAACCUCGUGGCGUUGCCCUGCAUCCGUAUCAGCGGCACAUCUUUUGGUCUGACUGGGGCGACACUCCGCACAUAGGCAAGGCUGGCAUGGAUGGCUCCAAUCCUAAGAUGAUCAUUCGGGAUGGCUUGGGUUGGCCUAACGCCUUGACUAUAAGUUUUGAGACGCAACAGUUGUUCUGGGGCGAUGCCAGGGAGGACACGAUCUCGGUGAGCGAUUUGGACGGAAAUCACACGCGAUUGCUGCUGGCCAGAAGCAUCAAUCCCCUACUGAACCUGCACCACAUCUUCGCCAUCGCCGUGUGGGAGGGUCGCAUUUACUGGUCCGACUGGGAGACCAAGUCCAUUGAGUAUUGCAGCCUCUUUAACGGACAGAACUGCACCACUUUGAUUACCACGAUCCAUCGACCGAUGGACCUACGCGUGUUCCAUCCCUACCGCCAGCAGCAGCCCAUUAGCGGAAAUCCCUGCCUGGCCGCCAACUGUUCCACGCUGUGCGUCCUGUCGCCGGAGGAACCGUACUACAAGUGCAUGUGUCCCACUAACUUUGUCCUGGCGGAUGACGGGCGCACUUGUCGGGCUAAUUGUACGGCUGCCCAUUUCGAGUGCGUGAACACUUACAAGUGCAUUCCGUUCUACUGGCGCUGCGACACCCAGGACGAUUGUGGCGAUGGCAGCGACGAGCCGGAGACCUGUCCGCCCUUCCACUGUGAGCCUGGACAGUACCAGUGCGCCAACAAGAAGUGCACCCACCCCUCGAACCUCUGUGAUGGCAUUAACCAGUGUGGCGACGGAUCGGAUGAACUGAACUGCGACAAGUUCACCUGCUUCGAUACCCAUAUGAAGUGUGGAGCGACCGCCAACUCGAGUGCCUUCUGCGUGGACAAUGUGAAGCGAUGCGAUGGAGUUAAGGACUGUCCGGGCGGAGAGGAUGAAUCCGCGUGCACGCCACUCGUGUGCAAGAAGGAUCAGUUCCAGUGCGGCAACAACCGGUGCAUGCCUUAUGUGUGGGUGUGCGAUGGGGACAUCGACUGCCCGGACAAGUCCGACGAGGCCAACUGUGAUAAUGUCUCUUGCGGAACCCACGACUUCCAAUGCGAUUCGGGUCGGUGUAUUCCACUCGCUUGGCGUUGCGACGACGACCUCGAUUGCCCCAAUGGCGAGGACGAACCAAGCAGCUGCUUCACCUCCAAGGCUACCUGUGACCCCACCUACUUUAAGUGCAACAACUCCAAGUGCAUUCCCGGACGUUGGCGCUGCGACUACGAGAACGACUGCGGCGAUGGCAGUGACGAGCUGAACUGCCAGAUGCGCAACUGCUCGGAGAGCGAGUUCCGGUGUGGAACGGGCAAGUGCAUCAAGCACAACUACCGCUGCGAUGGAGAGAUCCACUGCGACGACAACAGCGACGAGAUCAACUGCAACAUCACCUGCAAGGAGAAUCAGUUCAAGUGCGCCGCCUUCAACACCUGCAUCAACAAGCAAUACAAGUGCGACGGAGACGAUGACUGCCCGGAUGGGUCCGAUGAGGUCAACUGCACCUGCCAUUCGGACCAUUUCAGCUGCGGCAACGGAAAAUGCAUCAUGUCCCGCUGGAAGUGCGACGGGUGGGACGACUGCUUGGAUGGCAGUGACGAGAGCUUAGAGACCUGUGCCAAGACCCACUGCCAUGCCAACGCCUUCAAGUGCCGCAACCAACUGUGCGUCCGGAACUCGGCGCUCUGUGACGGCGUCAAUGAUUGCGGCGAGAACGAGGAUGAGUCCGAUGCGGUGUGUGCGGCGUUGCCGAAGUGCCGGCAUGACCAGUUCCAAUGCGAGAACGACGACUGCAUCUCGAAGGGCUAUCGUUGCGACGGGCAGUACAACUGCAUCGACGGAUCCGAUGAGAUGAACUGCCAGCCACCGGUUUGCGGAUUCGGAAGCUGUUCGCAAAUCUGCAUCGAAAAGAAAGCGGGCCACUACAACUGCAAGUGCGCGGAUGGCUACCACAAGGGGCCGGAGAAGAAUGCCACUUGCCUGGCCUCCGGACCGGAUCAGAUCCUCUUGCUCGCCUCGGAGCAGGAGUUCCGAUUUAUUCUGCCCGCUAAGCAAGAGGGAACCACCGUAGUUGGGUUCUUCCAGACAGACAGCCUCAAGAUCGAUGUGUUUGACAUACUGAUCAGGCCCAAGGACACACUUCUCUUCUGGAUUGACUCGCACCACGGCAAGGUUCACACCAUGAAGAUUGCCACUCCGCAUGUGGAGGGUACAGGAGUAAGGGUGCGGCGUGAUCUCAAGGAGCUGACCGCAUUUAACAUUCCCGAAUUGGACGAUCCAAAAUCAUUGGCAGUGGACUGGAUCUCCCAGCGUGUAUACAUUAUUGAUUCCCGGCAUAAUCAAAUCCUGGCAACCGAUAUUGAGGGUAAAAAGUACAUUUCUCUCGUGUCGACGGGCAUGAAUCCCACGGAUAUUGUCCUGGAGCCCGAGUCGCGCAUUAUGAUCUGGUCAACGCUGGAGAACGGCAUUUUAGUGGCCUCUCUGGACGGCAGCAACAAGAAGAGUUUGGUGGAGCGUGACGUGGGCUGGCCAAUCAGCCUGUCUAUGGACUAUCCGACGGGUCGUUUGUACUGGGCAGAUUAUCGCAAGGGAACGAUCGAGACGUGUCGCCUCAAUGGCAAGGAUCGCAACGUGGUGCGUCGUUUUGGAAAUCGGGAGAAACCCCAAAAGAUUGACGUCUUUGAGGACUAUCUGUACAUCAAGCUCUACGAUCAGAGCAUCAUUAAGAUGAACAAGUUUGGCAACGACAACGGGACUUACUUGCUGAAGGGUUAUCGGUCGUCUGACAUUGGCAUUCUGCAUCCAAUGAAGCAGAACAGAAAUAUAAGCAAUCCCUGCGCCAAGGAUCCCUGUAAGUCCUCCCGCUCCCUCUGCAUUCUCUCCUCGGAAUCGUCCACUGGCUACAGUUGUAAGUGCGCCGAAGGCUACGUGAUGACCGAUGAUGGUGUGUGCAAGGCGCACGCGGACAUCCCCGACUACUGCCCGCUUCAGUGCAACCUGGGCACCUGCAAGAUCGUGGAUCACGUGCCCAAGUGCAUCUGCCAGGCGCAAUUCGAGGGAGAGUUGUGUGAGCACUAUCGAUGCUCUGGUUACUGCCAAAACUACGGGGUGUGCUCGGUGGCGCCACAGUUGCCGGGAUCCCACGAAACGCCACCUCUAAAGUGCACCUGUACGGCGGGAUGGUCUGGAGCAAGGUGCGAGACCUCCAUGCCUGUUUGCCAGAGCCGCUGCCACAAUGGAGGAUCGUGCCUGCUCUCCGAAACGGAAGGCAUGAAGUGUAGCUGCCCGAAUAUGUUCACCGGCGAGCAGUGCGAGCACUGUAAGAAUCUCACCUGUGAGAACGGCGGUGUCUGCCGGGAAACCCUAACGGGCACCCCACAAUGCGAAUGUCCAGAUGGCUUCACCGGCAAGCGAUGCGAGAUCGAUGAGUGCGCCGACUUUUGCAAGAACGGCGGAUCGUGUGUGAUCGGCACAAAGGGCCAGCGUCAGUGCAAGUGCCCCAGUGGCUUUUUUGGCGAGCACUGCGGGUCCAGUUCCUGCCGGGACUUUUGCAAGAACGGAGGAACCUGCUCGGAGCGGGGUGGUCGCCUCAGCUGCACCUGUCCGCCGCGUUACAUAGGAGAGAGCUGCGAGUCAGAUCUGUGCAAGACCUCUAGUCCGCCGCACUUUUGCGAAGGCUCCAAGGUGCCCAUCAGGGAUCCCUGCACUCUGAUGAUCUGUCAGAACGCUGGAACCUGUCAUAUCAUCAAGGGAGUGGCGCUGUGCAACUGCACGGAUCAGUGGAAUGGCGAUUUCUGCACGGUGCCCGUUCCGGACGACAAUCCCUGUGUGCGGUACUGUGCGAAUGGUGGUGUCUGCCACCUGGAUGAGUAUAGCCUGCCCCAUUGCAGCUGCAUUGGGGAGUGGCAAGGAAAUGCCUGUGAACUGCCGCCCCUUUGUGUCGGAGGCGAAUGCAACGUCUGUCGGCCGGGAAGCUCUAUCAACGAAUGUUUGUGCGAAAACAACAAGGUGGUGCCGUGUCUGGUGGACAGUGCUGAUGCCCUAAAGGGCGAACAGGAACCCACGGAGUCGAGCGGAGUGUUUUCCGUGCUGGCCGUCAUCCUGGCUGUGAUUCUACUGGUGCUAGCCUUGUUCGCUGGUGCUGUUUACUUCCUUAAGAAACAUCGCAUAGCUCAGCCAUUCUCUCACGCUCGUCUGACAGACAACGUGGAGAUCAUGCUCACCAAUGCCAUGUAUCGUGGUGAUGCAGAUGAGGCGCCUACGUUUGCUAACGAAGAUGACAAGGGUAACUUUGCCAAUCCCGUGUACGAAUCUAUGUACGCGGAUGCGAUUCCGGAGCCAGUGAGCACGGAAAUAACACACAGCACGGCUCCGGACGAGCGGAAAGGACUGCUGCAGCACACGCACGACGAGAAUCACACGCCGGACAUCCUCUGAUGAUUGACCGGCUGCAACCGGGAGCUGUGCUAGGCACAGUUGGCCAAGGAGAUAUCCACAUCCCAACACUCAAUAACGAUUUGAACUCGAACAAUGGACUGAUAGCUUAGCCAUAUAACGAACUUUUGUAAACGUUGUGUACAUUUUGUUUCCUUCUAUUAUUUUGAUAUUAUUUUAAUUUUGGGCCUACCUUGGUCCUCAUCCAAAGAGCUCUAACUCGGGCAGCCUUGCUUCCCUUGUUAUGUCCCUAAUGAUGUCCUUAUACCGGGAAGUCUUCUUUUCGUUUGUUUACACGUUUUACAAGCAAUACGCCUUUUGAUAAAUGAAUUUUUAAUAUACUUGAAUCUGUGUAUAUCCGAAACGUUUUGUGGAUCUGUAAAUUUAGUAGUUGGUAGAUUUAGUUGAAGCUCGCGAGCUGAAGAGAACGUUGUACAUAUUUUAUACAUUUAUUGCCCACAAGCAGCCUAGUUAACAUUAAACGGAAAAAACCAUUCGAGCAGUCACUAACAAUUUGCCAAUUAGUGAACGCGAGCGAAGUCGAAUUCGUCGCUGGAGAUUGACCAAAUAUGCAUUUAAAUUAAUUUAGUCUUCACAAUGCCAGGACGACUCAGCGCCAGCAUAUCCAGAAUAUAUAAAUUAACGAACAAGUUGCUUAGGAAUAAUUGCAUCACAUAGUUUACACAACUAGAAUACUUAUGUCUACAUGUAUGUAGCAUUAUUUAAUUUGCACGAUUUUCCAAUCAAUCGACCUAAAACCGAAAGAGAUUUCAUGUAUAAAAUAAUGCUCAGAUAAAAGCCAAAUUUUAACAAUUAUACAAUGUAAAAAUGAUAUUUAUGCAGAUAAUGAUGUAUGUAAUUAAUUAAGUAAAGUGCGAAUCGAUUAACUAACGCGCGACAGCUCACGCACUUCAAAAACCACUGUAAAAACAUAAUAAAUAUGCAUUAAUUCGAAAUAAAUCGAA